AUCACGUGAUUGCCUCAUCCGGGUCCUUUGCGUUCUCUCUCCCUCUCCCAACAUGGCGGCCUCAGCGAAAAAGAAGAAUAAGAAGGGGAAGACUAUCUCCCUAACAGACUUUCUGGCUGAGGAUGGAGGGACUGGUGGAGGAAGCACCUAUGUCCCCAAACCAGUCAGCUGGGCUGAUGAAACAGAUGACUUGGAAGGAGAUGUUUCAACCACUUGGCACAGUAAUGAUGAUGAUGUAUACAGGGCACCUCCAAUUGACCGUUCCAUCCUGCCCACUGCUCCACGGGCUGCUCGGGAACCCAAUAUUGACAGGAGCCGUCUUCCCAAAUCGCCACCCUACACUGCUUUUCUAGGGAACCUGCCCUAUGACGUGACAGAAGACUCCAUUAAGGAAUUCUUUAGAGGAUUAAAUAUCAGUGCGGUGCGUUUACCACGUGAACCCAGCAAUCCAGAGAGGUUGAAAGGUUUUGGUUAUGCUGAGUUUGAGGACCUGGAUUCCUUGUUCAAUGCUCUGAGCCUCAAUGAAGAGUCUCUAGGUAACAGGAGAAUUCGAGUGGACGUUGCUGAUCAAGCCCAGGAUAAAGAUAGGGAUGAUCGUUCUUUUGGCCGAGAUAGAAAUCGGGAUUCUGACAAAACAGAUACAGACUGGAGGGCCCGUCCUGCCACAGACAGCUUUGAUGACUAUCCACCUAGAAGAGGUGAUGAUAGCUUUGGAGACAAGUAUCGAGAUCGUUAUGAUUCAGACCGAUACCGUGAUGGGUAUCGGGACAGCUAUCGUGAUGGCCCACGCCGGGAUAUGGAUCGAUACGGUGGCCGGGAUCGCUAUGAUGACAGAGGCAGCAGAGACUAUGAUAGAGGCUAUGAUUCCAGGAUAGGCAGUGGCAGAAGAGCAUUUGGUAGUGGGUACCGUAGGGAUGAUGACUACAGAGGAGGCGGGGACCGCUAUGAAGACAGAUACGACAGACGUGAUGAUCGGUCAUGGAGCUCCAGAGAUGAUUACUCUCGAGAUGACUAUAGGCGUGAUGAUAGAGGUCCCCCCCAAAGACCCAAACUGAAUCUAAAGCCUCGGAGCACUCCUAAGGAAGAUGAUUCCUCUGCUAGCACCUCCCAGUCCAGUCGAGCAGCCUCUAUCUUUGGAGGGGCAAAGCCUGUUGACACAGCUGCUAGAGAACGAGAAGUAGAGGAGCGGCUACAGAAGGAACAGGAGAAAUUGCAGCGUCAGCUGGAUGAGCCAAAACUAGAACGUCGGCCUCGGGAGAGACACCCAAGCUGGCGAAGUGAAGAAACUCAGGAACGGGAACGGUCAAGGACAGGAAGUGAGUCAUCACAGACUGGGACCUCAGCCUCAUCUGGCAGAAGUAAGUCAGACCAGGAUGCACGAAGGAGAGAGAGUGAGAAGUCUCUAGAAAAUGAAACACUCAAUAAGGAGGAAGACUGUCACUCUCCAACUUCUAAGCCUCCCAAACCUGAACAGCCUCUAAAGGUAAUGCCAGCCCCUCCACCAAAGGAGAAUGCUUGGGUGAAGCGAAGUUCUAACCCUCCUGCUCGAUCUCAGAGUUCAGACACAGAGCAGCAAUCCCCUACAAGUGGUGGGGGGAAAGGACUUCCAGCUCAACCAUCUGAGGAGGGACCAACAAGGAAAGCAGAUGAAAAUAAAGUGGAUGGGUUGAGUGUCCCAAAAGUCCAAAGUGGGAACUCCAGCCGUGGUCCAGGAGAUGGAGGGAACAAAGAUCACUGGAAGGAGCCAGAUAGGAAAGAUGGCAGAAAGGAUCAAGACUCUCGAUCUGCACCUGAGCCAAAGAAACCUGAAGAAAAUCCAGCCUCUAAGUUCAGUUCUGCAAGCAAGUAUGCUGCUCUCUCCGUGGAUGGUGAAGAUGAAAACGAGGGAGAAGAUUACACCGAGUAGACCUCUACAUCCUAGGUUUUUUCUGAGUCUCUCUCUACCCUGGAACAUUCAAGAGCAAAUCAAACCUCUAUCCAGACAAGACAAAAUAAAACGCACCAUCUCCUGGAGACUUUCUUAACUUUUUUUUAAAAAAUGAAAUGAAAUGAAAUUCUUUUGCAUGCUGCUGCAGCCUUUAAAGUAUUGAACUAACUGGAGAAUUGCCAAUAUAGCCAGAGAGAAAGACGUAUUUUAGUGGAAAAGUUGUGCGUUUUUAUGACACAUGCAGUUGCCUGUGUGAUUAGUGCCUAGGGGCCUCCGUUUAGGAAAAUGGCAAUGACAGUGACGCAAUGUCUGGAAUCUGACUGGGCAGUAGGGCAGGUAUGAGGAAGAAUAUGAGAUUUCUACCUUUAAUUCUUACUAUCCUAAUGUGGCAUAUAUGAAUUCUAACAUCUGAAUAAAUUCUCCAUCCUUGGAAAGGUAGGUUUAGUCUCUGAAAUUUUAGUCUCCAGGAGGCUGCCAGCCCCUCCUCUUAUUUAAUUCUGAGUUACUGGGGCCAGCCUAGGGGGAAUUCCUUCAUUUUUACCCCCCAGGGGGGUAGCUGGGAGUAAGUCUACAGGCCACUAAAGAAUAGGACUAUUUGGUGACCAAAAUAAGUGGGGAAAUCGUGGUUUGAAAAGAAGCUUUGGGGAGGUGAUGGAUUAUUUUGCACCAGUAAUAGGGAAAAUGGUAUGACCUCCAAUAAACACAUGAAUGGUUACUUCCUGGAGCAGGAAGCACUUAGGGGGUGUGGGAAUUCCCAAGUUUUUUAUGUGUCCUGGUUUUGCCCUUAAAUACUCUCUAUCCUACCUAUCCUUUCUGAAAGUUCAAGUACCCUCCUCUGUUGAAAUCUUGAAGCUUUAAAAAUUGACUCCUGUCGUCUUGUGUUCCUCAUACUACUCUUUCCUAUUACCUCCCAAAAAGCAGCUUCUGUUGAAGCCACACAAGCAGUCUCCCAGGCAUCUGGAUCCAGCCCCUGGGAGCUGUCAAAUGAGGAAUCACUGCUCUUCUCAAGUAAAUCUUGGCUCCUUUGUCUUUGACUCUCCUUCUGUUCUGUCCUGCUUCUUUGACCCCUUUUACACCAAACUCUAGAAUGGUCUUAGGUGGUGAGUGAGGGUGGAUAAAUAGGGACAUUAACUGGGAGCCUUUCUUAAGACCUUGAUUGGGGUUUUUGUUUGGGGCUUUUUAUUUUUUGGGUAUGUUGGGGUAUUUUGUUUGUUUAUU